GGGAUACAAGCAUUCAAUGCUCACUGCUUACAGUCUUACCAGCUAUGACCCAUAUGCUGUGUGUCAAGUUGAUCACAAGGCUGGAUUCGUACGAUGAAUCCAGUGAGUCCCUGGAUCGCGGCUUUGGCCGACCAAUGUCUCUCAUUCUACCUCGGUCAAAAUGAUAAAGAUGAAGUCCAGGUGGAGGAUGUUGAUGGAUGCCUCAGUUUCAGUAUUCGCAGCCCCGUACCCAAGGCAGCCAUUGUUGUAUUGUGGGAACAAGGAGAGCACAAUCACCGUGCCACACUCACAGACUCAAAGAAUCAGAUUGAUGCCAUUAUUUCACGAGACUCGCCGGACACACAGGGGGCAACCUCUCCCUGCCCCCCGUCGAUCAAAGGAGGCCCCAGGCAUCUGGUUGAACUUUCCGAUAUCAAGAUCAUUUUUACAUACUCAGCAGCCAGCCCGGAUAUCUGCCUUCACAUCAAUCACAUUACUAUCCACCGGAAUGCGGUCCCAAAGGGGGAUGUGCCGAAGCCAAAACUCAAGAAGACAGUGGCUCUCAGGGCCCUAAUGACUAUGGUGUGCGAGAAAAUCCAAAAGACCCGAGGGCAUGCUGGCUCCAACAGUCAAACAACUACUGGCUUGACGGACUCAUUUAUCUCCCAUUCUGAUCAAACCAUACCUCAUUCUCAAAUCCACUCGUCAUCACAAUUGCUAUUCUCCCAACCCCCGCCUAAUAUGUGCCAUGGUGCACCAAAGGGUAAUUCAAUGGCCAAUCGCGUUUCCCUCAACGGGUCAUCGGAUCUUCUAGGACUGCUUGCGCCUGCCCAUCCGAUUCAAACGAAAGAAACAGUCACUAAAGAUGAAAUAAACAACACUGCUGAUGCGAGGUGCACUAGUAAAUCUCCUCCCGAUCCAUCUUCCGUCAAUAUCAUACGAGAAGAAGUGGACAACUUCAUAGCGCAGUGUAGGAGUCAGGUUGAACAAUCUCCAAAUCAGUCGGAUGAUCAUGGCCAGGCUCGUACCAUUGGAACGGUGGAAACCCAGCAGUUUUCAAAGAAAAGAAAUCGUGGCAGCACAGAUGCGCCAUCGCCAGCAGCUCAUGAAAAUGACCUAGGUCCACAGGGCCGGCAAACUCCAAAAACAUCACCCUCCAAGAAGCGGCAGCGUACCAAUGCUGGAGUGGUGAUACCAGCGGACCCAACUGGAUUUGAACAAGUGCAAACCAAGCCCGUGCCAUCAGUUCCUAGCGGGGGGGUCAUAAGCACCAAACCAGAAAUUGUGUGCCCAUCUACAACAAAUCCAUGGGAAGGAAUGACAAAAAUACCUUUGAGCGAAGUUGAUAUUCCAAAAGAUCAGGCAGAACUGUUGGAAGGGCUUAAAUGGAUCCCUCAGGAUCCCGGCGUAUCUACACCUCUAUGCCAUGUACCACCUCAUCUUUUGACGCUGUGGAACAAGGUUGCACGAAGACGGCAACAUUUGGCAGAAGAAGCAGAAGCAGAUGAAGCAGAUGAAGAGGAGCAAGUAUCUGAACGUGCCCCUACCCCGACCCCGCAAGAUCCCUCUACAUCUCCCCUACCAUGGUCUCAAUCCCCAGAUAGGAGCUCCGCUCGAGAUGUUCUUCCACGGGACACCGCUUCUCCCCCAACAUUCGUAAGGCCUACCAGAAAAGUUUCUACGCCAUGCAGUACUCAUUAUAGCAUUGUUCGAUCUGCGGAAGAUGGCGAUGUUAGCAUGGUGAAUGGAUUUUGCAGUGCUCCUCAUCCAGGGCAGGAGGAUAUCAACACAGCAGACCAGCAACGUUCGCCGUUUUUUGAGGAAAUACCCACAAACCCGAGAAACCCGGUGUCUUUGGACCGCGAUCUCGGCGAUGACCCAUCCCCAAAUCACGAGGCUUCAACAUCCCUUGAUAUGGUCAAUGACCAACCUCAAACUCGGAUACAGGAAUAUUCUUGUGAUGAAACACCCGUGGAGAACCCCCCACUUAAAUCUGAAAUGAGUGAUGAAUCAAGUAGCGAUGAAAGCGACGAGCCAGAGAUGGAAACAUAUGUUCCUUACGCUCUGGGUGGAAGCCUUCCAUUAAGCAGUCAGCCUGAGCAGGAACUUCCUAGCUCGGGGCCGUCGCUUCCAAAAUUUGCAGGGGGGACCAUCCAAGUUGUGGAGACACCUGCAGUCCAUACCACACGUCUGAAUCCUGAUAAGAAACAGAGAGCUGGGUUUCAGCCCCCGAGCUCUCAGCAGCCAUACUCUCAGGCUCCGAAGACAUCCCCCUCGUCUCGAGUUCUCAAUACCUACCGCUCACAAAAUAGCAACGGGCACAGUUACCUAUCCCAGGAGGCACCAAAUCCAUCUUUGCCGGUAUUGGGAGACGAAUCACUGCGAGUGGAUGUUCUUGGUACUCAGACUCAAACGAGCAGCAUACACGCACCAUCACAAGGGACAGUCCAGUCGUCCUCGGACGUCGUACUCGAUUCAUCGAGACCUGCUCAACGACAGCGUGGGUCAUCCAUCUUCCAUCUAGACCCCUCGGACGACCCGUCAUCUUUUCCUUAUGCCAGGUCUCACUCUCUGCCCAUGUCCCAACUUCAUGAACCAAGCCAAGAUUCUUCGAGAGGAUUUUCCCUCGGCGGAGCCUCGCAGGUACCGGAAUUGUCCCCUAUGAAAUUCACUACCUGGGUCGCUGCUCAGGGAGAAUCACCUUCCAAAUAUUCACGUCCUCCGCGCCCCAAGAGUGCUGAUGCUGGCCAAAACACAUCUCACAGUCCAAAUGUCGAGUUGGUAGCACGGCGACAGGGCUUUAUCGGCAAGUCUGACAAGUACGCUGAAGCACAGACAAUCUAUGAAAAGUUCUGCAAUGAUUAUUCACCGUAUUCUGGCGAUUUCGCUCACUUCACUGGGAUGUGCUCGAAACUGCAGACAAUGCGGCAAAAAGGCCAACUACAACGGUCAUUUCUCUGGGAUGACUUCGUCAUUCAACAUUUGAAAGAGUACCCGUGCUACUUUUCGGGGCUUUCAUCUCAAGAGUCCAAGGCACUUCAAUACGAGGACUUUUUCUGCUCACGAUUCUCCCGCCCCCAACACAAAAAGAGAAGCCUCACAGCCCACGGAGUUGACAUAGUCGCGUCUCAGUUUGUUCCACCUACUAGUGUCGAGCCAGGAAAUCCGCUGGUUCCACACCAAGCGACAAUCCAAAGCCAGGUAACCCAGGAUAAAGUGUCGCAAAGCGAAGUGCGCAACGCUUCUUUCACAGGCAGUCUUGUGGAAGAAAUCCCAGCCCUACAUGUCCAGUCCUUCGAUGAUGUUCCUGCUCCGGAUGGCCCCAUGCCCACUACAACGCAGUCAUCGUCAUCCUCUGCCAGUAUCGGCUCGGAUUCCGUUGAGGUUAAAGAAGAACCAGAUGAUUCUUUCAAUGAACCACCGAUUGGCUCCCGAAUUAUUACGAGCAGCAAUGAUCAAAAGCCUGUGCCCUCCAGUCAUGAUGAAGAGAUGGUUGAUGCAACGCAAUACGACACAGAUAACACUCGCAUUGCGCCUGAUGUGAACGACCCCGACAUUACCGAAACCGGCAUGGACGAUAUUGACGAGACAGAAGAAGGAGAUGAUACUCACCAUGAAACCGCCAGCAUUGAACUUGGCGAUGACACCGACGAUCGGCGCCUCUCUGCCUCCCCCGCCCCGCCCGCGGCCGCGGCCCUGGGUGGUCUGAAAGCUGCCGAGCCCGAGCCACCAAGGCAGCGAAGACCCUGGUUCCGAUCUCUUCGGGAAAUGUUCCCCAAAGGUCCUGUGUGGUCCGACGACCCCGACACGCCGUUCAAGCGUUGGGCUCGCCAAGACCAGAACAUUCCUCAGGAAAUCAGGCGUCGCGGUGGAGCUAGGGUUCUAACUGAUGAGAAGGGGGUCAUCCGUUGGCCCACCUACAAUCAGGAGAAGAACCCUGAUCCCUAG